ACUGUUACACAUUAUCGUAGCAAGUAGAUCAGUCAACUGACGUCAUCUUUCCUGUUGCUUUUCCAUUUUUUAUCUCCUUCGAUACCUCCAAAGAAAUAGCAACUUGUUCUCAUGCGUGUUUGCUCACAGAAUUUAGCUUGUCUCCUUCCAUCUAAUUGAGUUUGCAGGAGAUCGAGUUGGAGGAUCUAUUCGUAUCAUGCUAUACGACACAUAAACUUGUAUUAGUCUUCAUCCGUCCAUCUCAUUAAAUUUGUGCAUUAGAAACAUGACUGUUCUUUGGUAUCGAGGCAUCUAAAUAUCGAAUCGGAUCAUCUAAAGAAGCCCACAGUGGAUCCCAAAAUCUCAGAAGCGGACGGCGAGGAUUUCUUGGGUGCUUCGCUUCUUGACUUGCGACUCAAGGCAGGCAGCGGCAAAGGCGAUGGCUCCACAGUACCACUUGUGUCACGACUCAGGUCGGCCCCCCCUCCCUGAGGAGGUGGAGGCCCUCUGCCUCGACUUGUCUCACGAGUUAGGUCGGUCCCGAGGCCAACCAUAACUGGGUCGGUGGAAGGCGAGGAAGGAAGCGCGGAAGAGAACGAGGAAUCCAUGGAGGACCUGUUCCGGAAGGUGUAUCGUGGCGACCCCGGGGUGCCCCACUCUGAUCCGGACCGCUACCUCCAUUCAUGUUUGGGCUCCUUCGCCUUCGCCGCCGUCUCCUGGUGCACCUCUCGCACCGCCGACCUCUCCCGGCGCUUCAACUGGCAUGACAAGGCCUUGAAAUUUGAGCAUAAUCAUUGGAAGAAAGUCAUGGAGAGGAAGCAUCGGAAUGGUGAUUUACCUGCUGCGAGUAUGAGCAAGCCAUGACAGACCUGGCUAAUUAGGUCUCAACUGCUGCUGAUAUCCUGUUCAUAGUUUCAUUCUGCUCCAAUUACUCAUCUGUGCGUACAUGUUGUUGGCUUAUAGGAACAGUAUUUUGAACGAUGUCGCUGUGCCGAUAAAGUUGGUCCAUACUCAUCUGUGGAUUAUGUAUGGUUUUGCUAUCACUUCUGUUAAAUUUUGCAGUGGUUAUGGAGUGGCUUCACUUAUGUGUCUGUUUAGUAUCUUUAAUCAAAUGUAAUUCUCAAUGACAUCGUACAUUAACCCCUUGCAAAUAGUGAGCCUCAAUGACAUCUCAUUAAAGA